ACAAGGGCUUGGUUUGGUUGCUAAUCCGUGUAACAAGUACGAAAGUAAAAGGUUGCCUUAGUGCCUGCCGCCUCCAUGAGUGUAGAACAAUGUUUGGCAAUAAUGUGCAGAGCUACGAUUUUAAGGUAGAGCUAGCCAAGUGCUUCAACAAUCUCGGAACGGUUUACCUCGCACAGCACCGUCCUAGCGGGCAGCAUGUCGCGAUUAAGAAGUUUCUCAUUGAGGACCUCAAGAACGAGGACGGUCACAUCCAGGACGAAGCGAAACAUUUGCGGGAGUUUGAUCAUCCGAAUAUCCUCAGCCUUCACAUCUCGUUCGUGCACCAGUUCGAGCUGUACUUUGUCCUGCCGUUGAUGUGCUACGGUUCGUGCCGUGACACGAUGAUAAACUACUUCGAGACCGGCUUCCAGGAAACUAUUCUGUUGUGCAUCCUACGCGACGUGGUCCAGGGGCUAGAGUAUCUGCACCGCAAGGGUUACAUCCAUCGGUCGAUCCGGGCUAGCCACAUCUUUCUGAACGAGUCUCGUGCCGUGCUCGGCGGCCUUCGCGUGUGCACCAGCUUUCUGGGCGAGGGAAAGCGCGUUCAAAAUCUGCACGAACUGCCACCGCACUCGACGAAGUCGCUCAACUGGCUGGCGCCCGAAGUGUUGGCCCAGAAUCUCCAGGGAUACACAGAAAAGUCCGACAUUUACAGCUUGGCGAUUGCCGUGUGCGAGCUCGGCAACGGUCUGGAGCCAUUCUACAGCUUCUCAACUACACUUAUGUUGACGGAAAAGAUGCGCGGCUAUCUGCCGCAACUGCUGGACGCCAGUACAAUCCCCAGCGAGGACGUACUGGCACAGGCCAUGGAAGCGGCUUCGGGCGAUGCAACCUCAGCCCGGCAAAUAUACGCUACGCGGCACUUUUCCGAAGAGCUGCACAAGUUUACGGAACAAUGUCUCGAGAGGGACCCUAAGGAUCGACCAAGCGCGGUGGCUCUUCUCUCCCAUCCAGUUUUCAAAUUAGUGAAGCACACCAACAUCCAGGAACAGUUUGCCAUUCACUGCAUACAAACGGUAGACUUCAACAGCAUCAAAGAAAACGACAUCACCCUGUGCGACGAUUUUGGUAGGCUAGCCAUGGACACGAGCGGUGGAUUUGAGUGGGAAUUUGAUGACUCGUAACAGGAAGGAAGCCUCCCAGCGUGGAACGAGAGUACGAGAUGAAUGUAUACGGGGUACACUAGAACCUAGAGUGAUUGCGUAUCCCGUGCCUUUUUCCUUUAUCCACACUACCAUUACCUGACCGGCUUCUUAUUUAUAAGUGCUUGCAGCAUAUUUUGUAAUAUAUCGAAAAAAAUACAAUCUGAUCGAUGGAAAGAAACGGACAUAGUAGGGAAGUGGAUGGGAAAAACAUACAACAAUCACAAACUGGCCGCCCUUUAUUGGUUUAUUCUAUCGAUAAUUAAGUUUAUUGUUCCUAAAGACGUUAUGUAGUUCCCGAAAACACGCUCUUGUGGCGAAAUAAAUGCAAUUAUAAAUA